AUGAACGCCUCACUUGUCCGCUCAGCCGCACGGCAAUUGCGAGCUUCGGCCCUCGCUCGCCAUCAGACUCGUCGAUGGGCAUCUUCAAGCGCAGUCUACAACUGGGAAGAUCCCCUUGCUGCGUCCGAACUAUUUACAGAGGAGGAAUUGGCUAUUCGGGAUACAGCGAGGCAAUAUUGUCAGGAACGAUUGAUGCCGCGAGUACUUGAGGCCUACCGAAAAGAAGACUAUGACCGCAAAAUCCUCGAAGAAAUGGGUGAAAUCGGCCUUCUUGGCGCCUCAAUCGAAGGCUACGAGUGCGCCGGCGCUAGCACAGUCGCAUCCGGCUUGAUCACAAAGGAAGUCGAGCGCGUGGACUCUGGAUACCGAUCAGGAAUGUCAGUGCAAAGCUCACUCAUUAUGACCGGUAUCCACGAAUUCGGCACGCAAGAACAGAAAGAUCGAUUCUUGCCACAACUCGCCAAGGGAAAACUAUUGGGUUGUUUUGGUUUGACAGAGCCAAACCAUGGGUCGGAUCCCGGUUCAAUGGAGACUGUUGCGCGUGAGCAUCCCACAAAGAAGGGAUUCUACAGCUUGUCGGGAUCAAAGACGUGGAUUACCAACUCGCCGAUUUCUGAUGUGUUGUUGGUGUGGGCUAAGUUGGAGAGUACGGGGAAGAUUAAGGGGUUCUUGAUUGAGCGAAGCAAGUGUCCUCCGGGUACGCUUGAGACUCCCGCUAUCAAGAACAAGACUGCUCUACGUGCAUCCAUCACGGGUAUGAUCCAGAUGGACAACUGCCCCGUCCCGGUGGAGAAUAUGUUGCCCGAUGCCGAAGGUCUAUCUGGACCCUUUACUUGUUUGAAUAGUGCCCGUCUGGGAAUCGCAUUCGGUGUCACAGGUGCCUUGGAAGAUUCAAUCAGCCGAGCACGGGAAUACGCCUUGGACCGUAAACAAUUCAGGGGCAACCCAUUGGCCAAAUAUCAACUUAUCCAGAAGAAGCUUGCUGAUGCUUCUACGGACGCUGCUUUUGGUACCUUGGCUGCGAUUCAGGUGGCUCGUCUCAAGGAUGCAGGAAAAUCGACGCCGGAGAUGAUCUCAAUGAUCAAGAGGCAGAACUGUGAUCGUGCAUUGGCCAACGCUCGCACUCUGCAGGAAAUCUUUGGUGGCAAUGCUACCAGCGAUGAAUACCAUAUUGGCCGUCACGUAGCCAACCUUUUCGUUACGCAAACUUAUGAAGGUCAAAGCGAUAUCCAUGCGCUCAUUCUCGGUCGCGCGAUGACGGGUAUCCAAGCAUUUGUUUAA